AAGAGAGGACAGGUUUGGCUAGGCUGAUGUUAUCCAGUUGUUUAAGUUAGCUUCAUGUGUCUAAAAUGUGAUUAUUUUUAAGGUAAUGCUAGCUUGAUAGCCAUCCGAAUAUGGCUCAAUUGCCCGUACAAGGACAUCGACAGUGAUGUCUUCACCUACCUAGUUUGCCUUGUACCCGAGGAGCCGAGAUCAAGAUGCUGCUGAAGAUGCCCCAGAAGCUGCUGAAGACUGCCCACUACAUAGAGCUGGGCAGCUACCAGCACUGGCCGGUGCUGAUACCUCAGAGGAUAAGACUCUACACCUAUGAACAAAUCCCCCUCUUCCUCAAAGAAAACCCCUACAUCACAGAUGGCUACAGGGCUCACCUGCCCUCCAAACUCUGCCUGAGGAGUAUUUUUAUUCUAUCUAAUGAGACGGUGAAUAUCUGGAGCCACCUGCUGGGCUUCCUGCUCUUCUUCUCUCUGGGGGUCAAUGACCUCUCCACAGUACUGCCAGCCUCCGGAGCUAACAGAGAGGACUAUGUCAUCUACGCUAUAGGACUGUUCUGCUUCCAGGUGUGCAUGUUGUGUUCAGUGGGGUAUCACCUGUUCUCGUGCCACCGAUCAGAGAAGACUUGCCGUCGCUGGCUGGCGUUGGACUAUGCAGGCAUCUCAGUUGGCAUCUUGGGCUGUUAUGUGCCUGGGAUCUUCUACGCUUUCUACUGUAAUGCUUUUUGGCGGCAGGUGUACCUGCUGACUGUGCUGUCACUGAUCCUGGCAGUGUUCUGCGCUCAGGUCCACCCUCGUUACCUCAGCAACGACUGGCGGCGGCUGCGGAUGGCCAUCUUCUGCUGUGUGGCGGGCAUCAGUGUGAUCCCAGCGUGCCACUGGGUCUGGCUCAAUGGAGGGUUCACCACUGAUGUCGUUCAGCUCUUCCUGCCCCGUGUGAUGGUGAUGUACUUGAUAGCUGGAUCUGCCUUCCUGUUCUACGUCACUAAGAUCCCCGAGCGCUAUUUCCCUGGCCAGAUGAACUACCUGGGCGCCAGUCACCAGCUGUGGCACAUACUGGUGGUUGUGAUGUUUUACUGGUGGCACCAGACUGCUGUACACAUCAUGCACUUCAGGCACAGCCAGUCCUGCCCGACCCGGACCAGCAGCAGCUAAGUGAAACAGAUCAAAUCAUUUAAAAGGCAAUUGAUUGUAGAUUGUAAUAACCAACUAAACUCAUUACAUUAACACUCAAAACCUUCUCACCAGUUAGCUGCUGGUUAGAAGCUGCUACCUAAAGGUUGGUCAACCACUCACUAACAGAAGCACCUGACUAUUAACUGAUUAGCUGCUUGUGCCCAGGCCAGCUAUUAAAGGCCAGUAUCCUUUCUUAAAGUCUACUUUAUUCAACAGUAGACAGCAGCUAACAGUGGCUUGGAACUACUGUGAAUUUUUAAUUCUCUGAACAAAAGGGCAGUAGACCAGAGCCUGUAUUAGUUAGUACUUUGGGACUGCUGGCUAGGAGUCAGAAAAUCUACCAGAUAGUAAGGUCAGUCUUCAGAGACUGUGAUCUGAUGUCAAAAAAAUAAGGCAUGUGGCCUUGCAUCAUAACCAUUAGAUCAAUGCAUGAAACAGGAAUUUUAGUUUAUUUGUAGAAACAGACUAAGCUUUGGUGUUUUUAAAUGAUAAUCACAUCUUCUCAUGGUUGGUUUAGAGUUUGAUCUUCUUCUUUUUGUUUGUACAGAGGUUUUGAAAAAAAUAGCCACGAUUCUUUUGAAUCAAACAUAGUAGCCAGUGUGAACAAUGCCUUUUUUUUGCCUCUACUGUUGGUUUCUACAAGACUCAAUUGUAUGAAAAUAUCUUGAUGUCGGAAAGCACAGAAAAAAAUAAUGAUGACGUCAAAGAAACAACUGGAAAUUCAACAUUUGGACACUGUGAAUUGCUAGUCUCUGGGGAAAACUAUGUGUCGCUGCCUCAAAUAUUCAAAGCUUUCGAACAAAAAAGUAGUCAGAGUCAAUCAAUGAGCAAUCUGAAAUAUCUAAUGAGGUCGGGAACUGAACAAGGAAACAAUGUAGGAACCAUAUUUAUUCUACAGUGCAUUGGUUUGUUAGUAUUACUUGAUUUUUGUUGUUUUAUUUUCGUCUUGUCCGUCAUGUUUUGUCUUUGGAACAAAUAGGGAGUCGGUUUUUGAAAAAUACUUUGAUAACUCUUUGCAAUGGCCAAAGCCAUUAUGUUAAAGCUGCACUGGGCAAGAUGUCACAUCAGCCCAAAUCCCAGAGCAACAGAAACAAUCAAAAUGUUGUACAAUCACCAUAAUCUUUGAUCAUCUGUCUCCUGACAUACUGUUGAUUGGUUUUGGGGUCCAGUUAGGGUUCACUGCUAAGACUUUACUGACUUGCCUAUUGCAGCUUUAACAUAUAGAAAAGUACUGUGAAAACACAACAAUAUUAAGGGGAUAUUUACUUAAAUAUGACUAAUCAGAAUGCAAUCUUGGCCAGUAGGCAAGUACUAAAUUGCCUGAGGUUUACAACAAUACCAAUAAUGCUGUGUUUUUUUUAGGGUUAGCAACAAAACAUAUUUUUUCACUUGCCACACAGCACUUUCAUGAGCUCUGAGAUGUAUGCCACUACUCCAAUACAGUGGAGGUGAUUUGAGUUUGUGGAGAAUGAAAAAAUGACAUUUUAAAAAGUCAACCGCAACACUUUUUUUUUCCAGAAACGAUGUCCUCUUUAUUGUGGAAUAAUCUACAGAACACACGGUGUGCAUGGUUAAAUAUCACCAGAUAUGUGAAUAUUUGUUUUUUUCUGGAAAGUUGGGUGAACUGACCCUUGUUAGGUCGCACUGAUGGGUCAACCACCUGCCAUACCAGCCCCAGGGGUCAUCAGUUAUCAGCAGAAGAGGUUAUCAGUUGUCACCCCUGUGGCCCUUUUCUCACUCCUCUCAUACAUGGCAAAUAAAGACUGGGUUUAUAAAAAUAUUGCUUAAAUCAGGCCAGUGUAAAGUGCUUCAGGUACCUUUUUAACAGUCUAGUUCCUCAGUACACAUUGGGACAAUUGCACAUUUUAAUUUUUGGUGUGUUUUACAUAAAUUGUGUUUGUACUUCAUUUGCCUUAUUAUCUUUGAGUAUUUGUACUGUAUAUACACCUACUGUUACAAUCUAUUUUUGGUCAAGAGGUGAACAUAAACCAGAACAAAAGGGUUAAAUUCAGACAGUUAUCAUCUUGGUAUUAUCUUUUCUGUUGCACCACAAGGCCAGUAUGUUUAUUCUUUUUUAUAGUACAGUUUGAUGUUCAGAACAAGUUACACAUUAAUGUUGAGCACUUACUGCUGCAGGCUGCAGAGCUGGAGAAUGCACUGUACAGGUGCUAGAAGAAGUGACUUUCUGUUGCCUUUUUGAGUUUGUUUUUGAACAUGAACCCUCAGAUUAUUAUAAACUGCUUGAUCCUUUUUUUGAAUGAUCUCAUGAUUAUUUUAUCCUGUGUGUUUGCUUUUUUUCCCUUGAAUAUCAUUUGUAUGAUAAAGCACUGGCGCUGACUUAUGAGAUGUAUAUUUAUUUCAGUGCCUCUGCAAAUAUAUUUUUAAACAUUUUGAAUGAAUAAAGAAUGCUGUAAAAUAAA